AUGGAGAUUUUAUUUAAAGGAAAAAGGGUUCUUGUCAGUGGAGCAGGUCAAGGCAUUGGACGAGGAAUAGCGGAACAACUAUGGCGUACAGGAGCAAAAGUUGUUGCCGUAUCGAAAAAAAAGUCGCAAUUGGAAUCUCUCCAGAACGAAUAUCCUUUGAUUGACAUAGUAGAACUUGAUGUUGCUGAUUGGAGCAAGACAAGAGAAAUCAUUGAUUCUUUAGGACAUUUCGACGCACUUGUCAACAACGCUGCAAUUGCAGUGUGCCAACCGUUUCUCGAGUGUACUCCCGAAUCGUUUGAUUCGUAUGCAGCUCUCAAGGACCACACGAUAUACAGCGCGUCUAAAGCAGGAUUAGAUGCCGUAACUCGUGCAAUGGCGCUGGAGCUUGGGCCUUACGGUAUCAGGGUGAAUGCAGUCAACCCAACGGUCAUUAUGACUGCUAUGGGACGUAUUGGUUGGUCAGAUCCUGAUAAAGCUAAGACAAUGCUCUCUAAAAUACCGCUUGGAAGGUUUGGAGAAGUGUCAGAAGUAGUUGAUGCAGUGCUUUAUCUGUUAAGCGACAAGGCCAGCAUGAUUAACGGAGUUGAGCUCCCAAUCGAUGGAGGAUUCCUCGCCACAUAA